UGGAAACAAACAAAGUUAUUAAAUAAAUUUUCACAAUAUCUUAAGAGUUUGUUUUUUUUUAAAUAGAUUUUAGCUUUAAAUAUAAAUCAUAUAAUAAUGUCUUUAGUCGCAUAUGAUGCAAGUAGUGAUGAAGAAGAUAAUUCAGAUUUAGACGAAAAACCAGAAACAAAAAUAGAGCUUAGCAAGAGUGUAGAAAUUUCAGAUCGCAUUUCAAAUUCUGAACAACACACAAAUGGCAAUAUAAGUGACGAAGAUGAAAUUUACAAUGAUAAUGAUACAGAAAAAACAAUUAGUUCACUCAAUCCAGAAAAUAGAAAAAUUAACUUACCCUUACCUAAAAUUUCAAAUGGAGAAUUGAGUAAGAUAGAUAGUGGCAAUUCAAAUUUAUCAAUUCAUAUGAAAUUGCCAACACCUAAAACUUUGUCAACCAAAAUCAAUGCUGAAAUAAUAGAGGAGGAUGACGAAUUUUUGCAUAAAAAAGUCGAAAAGCCCUUGAUAGAAAAACCUCCACCGCCGAAAAAACCACCUGUUAAAAUUACAAUCCCCAGUUUAAGUCAAUUUAUGGAAUUCAAAGUUGAAAACAAAAAAUAUAAUACAAAUUCUGGAACAAAAAAUUCUUUAAAUCUAUUAGAUAUGUUGCCCCAACCUAAAAACGAGGAAAUAUUUCAAGCAAGAAAUUUAGAAAAGAAUAAGAAACCCACCAGUACAGUGACAAGUUUAAUUCCAGAUCAUGUUAAAAAUCGAAUGCAACAAUCCAAAAUAAACUCCACUACUACAAGUAAAAAAGGCACAAAAACUUCAAAAUCAUUGGUUAACAUAAGUGAUAGUGACGAAAGUGAUGAAGGGGAAAAUCAAGAUUUCUUUUCAUUAAAUUUAGAAACCAAAUUACCAGAAGUUAGUGAAUUUGAAUUGAAUGCUAUGGUAGGGAAAAAAAUAGCAGAAAUUAAAAAAACAUCGAAGAAAAUAGAUGAAAUGGUAAAAUCUACUGAAAAUAAUGUUCCGAGUGAAAUUAUUGAAGAGCCAGUCGAUUCAGGAUCAGUAGAUAAGGUAGCAUUACAAGCAUUAGUUGGUGCUAGUCAUGCAAAAAGAAGGAAACUUGUUGAAGAAAUACAGGUUGUUGAGAUAUCUGGUGAACAAAUUUUACCAAGUCGAGAUGAAUGGAUGAGGGCUGCUCUUGCUGCUGAAACUACUUAUCAACCUAAAGGAGUAUUAGUGGAUGAAGAGCCUGCUCCCGGUACUAGAAAGAAACAUCAAAUCACUUAUUUAGCUCAUCAAGCUAAAGCGAAUGAAGCAGAGUUACAAGCUAUGUGGGCGGCAAACAGACAAAAUAGAAGAGCAACAGCAAGCAAAUAUGGUUUCUAAUCAAUAAAAAAGGGAUGUGUUACAAAAUUUAAAGGUAUAUAUUACAAAUAAAAAA